AUGCAGACCAUCACUGUCGAUGUCGACGAUGACUCCCUUUCUGAUGAGAAUACCGACACCUUAAACGAUAUGGCAUCUCCAAUUACUACCCGACUAGCCCCCCAUCACCCUGAGCCGUCUCCUCGGCUCCCACCUCCUGCUUCGGCUUCUAGUCGUCUCACUCUCUCAAAUGGUGAAGAGUUUAUGAACCUCCGCCGGGGCCUUGCCACAGACUUAAAAUCUCCUGCCGAAUACACUCUUCAUAUCGUGUUCACCCAGUUUGUGAGGCACGCUGAGCGCAAACUUAACUUGUGUCUCGAGUAUUCGGUGCAUGAUGAGGCCCAGGUCAUCGAGCUAUUGGCUGAAGGUAAUGGUGAUGAUCAAUUUGAUAAGAUUAUUGCUUCGUUGGGGUAUAUUGCCAAGAAGAAGCCAAAGCCAAUUAUCGACUCAGUGAUGUUUUGGCGGAAAAGCAAAAGUGAGGUGGCUUCGUUGGCCGCUACAGAAGUUGAAAAGGUUUUGGUUAAUGCCAAGUCAAAUUUGGGUGGUAAUGGCUCUAAUUCCAUUCCUAAUCCUUCUCCUAUAAAUACAAAUGGGCCCAAAUCCAAACGGAGCCUCAGUCUUAUGCGGAGCAAGAGCAUCUCAAGAAUACGGGACCACCGUCGCAACCAGUCAGCUUCUACUGCAGCGGUGAACAAAUCCCCGGUGGACACCACAGCUCCUUCACAGCCGGUAGGGCACUCGGAAUAUGCCAAACAGAAGGCUUUUUAUGACGAACAAUUCAAUCAAGCACGAGAAACGGCUGUUCAGGCUGAACGCAAGUCGUUGGCGUCAAUCUAUAUUUUGUGUCGAGUGCUCAUCGAGGUCGUCAAGCAAACACUGCCUGAAGUCAUGGGGGAUGACCUAGGUGUCAAGUUGGAAGAGAUUGUCUACACUCAGCUCAAGACAACUGAUCCGAUUAGUACCAGUGAAUCGCUUCUCCGGUCUGCAAAUUGGAAUCUUUUUGCUGAACUUCUUGGUUGUAUGUCCGAAAAGCGGUUUCUCAGUGUUAGUGACCGGUUCAUUGCUGACUUGGAGAAGAUUCCAACACAUAUCAGUCACGAUGAUGAACCCAGGCUACAUUUACUUAUCCAUGGAAUGCGCUACUUGAAGUUGACCAAUUAUCCAUUGGAAGUAUUUGAAGAGUCAGCUGAAUUUAUCGAGUCGUUGGCCAAGUUCUUCAAAAAUGUUCAAAACGAAUCGCUCAUUCUUGCUUAUUGCGAAGUGCUAUCCAACUUGUUACUACCUCUUGCUAAUAUCUUGACAGCUGAAACCAACCAUCCGACCUGGUGUGGAGCUAUUGAAAGGAUUUUCAGUAAAGCCUACUUCAUUUGGAAUAAAUCUAACAGUCUUUCUUUCAAUUCUGAGAAAGGGUCUUCUGGAUUCAUCAACCUAUCCCCAAACAACAGUAGCCAUAAUGGAUCUGUGGCCAAUCAAGCUGCUAGUAAUGUCUGGGAAUGUUCUUUAAGUUUGCUUACAGCCUGUUUGUCUGUUUCUCGUAAAGAACUAUUCCAAACUUCGUGGUAUGAGAUUAUAGAGGAAAAUAUGAACAAACUCAAGCCAAAAGUUGAUAUAGAGGAGAGAACCACAUUCAUUGCGUGUAUUGAUAGAUUGCUUUGGGUCUUUCUCUUUCGGUUGUCAGACACCUUGAACAAUACCAUCAAAAGAUUGGACAAUUUAUUCCAAUUGUUGUUCUUUAACAGUGCUGCUAUUAACAAGAAAAAUCAAUGGAUAACUGCAGACGUUUAUUUGAUUAAUGCUCUCGUGCAAUUGAUCAGAAUCGUUGGUUAUAGGCAUUUGAACUUCACCUUGGACAAUAUAAUCAUUGAGCUUGUUAAGCAGAGUUUCAAUGGAUCCACUUUAGAAAACUUGCAACCUGAAAAGUUGAUUCUUUCUGUUAAGAGUUAUAUGGCCAUUUUGGCUGAUUAUGAAAUAGGAAAGAGACCUGUUUUUCCCACUGAUGAAACAUUGAAACUGAACAAUUACAAAGACAACGAGAAAAUAGAUUUCAACUUCAUCGCAAAGAAUUCAGACAAUGCAUUAAGUCACGAGGAGAUCAUCAAAAACUUUGCCAACUUGAUAAAGCUUUUGGAUACUCUGUAUGGUUGUAGCAUAUGGAACAAGGACUCCUCUGUUUCUCCAGGUGGAAAUAAUCAACCCAAAGUCCAAUCUCCAUUUUCUGCUUUUCACUUUGGUAUUGACUUUUCUUAUCAAACGACGAAAAACUUACAUCUUGAGCUUUUUGCAACUUUGAUUGAGGCAGCCCCUUGGACUAUGGUACCACUUUCUAGUGGAAUUACCUUCAAAGGAAUUGUCGAGAUUCUUGCAAGAAACUCGGUACAUUCUAAUUUCCGUAUAGCCAAUGCUUCUAUCAAUGCUUUAAGAAGAUUGGCAAGUCGUAAAAAUCCUUCCAGCUUAUUGAACUACUUUGCAAAGUUUGCUUUCCAGUUUUCAGACAAACCUAAUCCAAAUUACGACACUGCUUAUUUGAACUCGGAAGAAUUUCACCGUCUCUUGAAGUUGUACGUGGAACUUUUGAAUUGUUGGUUAAGGCAAUUCAAACAAUCGAGUGAGUCUAAACAAUCAGGCAAUUUUGCCCAUCCCUUAUCACAGGAUGAUGAACUAAUGAGCAAAGACGUACUCAAUGACAUGUAUCAAAUCAACUACAAGACAGAUGACUUGGGUGUUACGCAAUCGAAACCAAAAGCCAGUGAUGAGUUGGAAUGGAAAACCAUCAUAACUGUCAUUGAAGAAAUUGAAGGAAAUGGUUUGUUCUUCUUGUGUUCCCAAGAUCACAAAGUCAGAUACUAUGGUAUUUCGAUCUUGAAAUUGGUGGACCAGUUCGACCAGGAGAUCUACAAUGCUACUGAUAAUACAAACAACCCUACAGAGGCAAACGGAAGCACCGGUUCUGCCGGUAACGGCCAUACUCAGGAUCAUUCCAGGACAAGUUCCAAGUUCGCUGCUGAUUUUGGUACUAGGUUGAUCCAUGUCUUCGAGAAAACUGAUUUUUUGGACUUGAUCAAGCCUUUAAAGCCGGAAUUGAGUCUUCCUGAACGUAAUAGAGUGUCUAAGUUGAAACACAAGAGCUCUAUCUUGAUUCGAUUGGCAGAAUCCGAUUACGGUAUCGAUUCCACUUUAUGGUUCAGAUUGUAUCCGAAAUUACUUGACAUUUUCUUUGAAAAGUGUCCUCUUCCUGUGGCUUUCUGUCGAUCUAUUGUUUGUGUCAGGCUUGUACAAAUGCAUGAGCAAAUUUUGGAGUUUUCAGACAGUUACAAAAACUAUACUUCAUCGAUAUUUUCGAGAACAAACAAUGGAGUAGCACCAGAAGUGUUGGUCGAUCAAUGGAGGCUCUACCUUAUAUUUGCUUGUUGUUCCCUUACCUCAACGAACGAACAAAAGAUUUCAUUCCCAAGUCAGCCUACUCAUGGAAGAAAAAGGUCUCUUCAAAUGUUCAUCCAGCAUCAGAAAAUCACUAGUGCUAAGUCGGUUUUCAGAAUGGUGGUACCAUUAUUGAAGUCCCAACAACCAAUGGUGAAGGAUUCAGUCAUUUCUAGUUUGAGUUGCAUCAACAUUAACAUUUUCAAAACCUUACUUGAAAGUGUCCAGUCCCCUCUUGGUGAAUGGGAGACCAAUGCCAAGCGGAAAGAUCCAGGAGAAGACAGACUUAGAAUUGAAAUCAUUCAUAUACUUAGCAGAGUCACUACAAGAUUUGGACCUCAUAAUUUGAUCUACUCUGACGAAUGGAUCAUUGCCAAUUUGGUGUCUGUGGUUAAGAGUGUGAAGAAUUUCUUGUCAGCUGGUCACAUUCAAAUUGACAUAGACUUUCAGAAACUCAGGAGGUAUUUCUGUAUAUUUUUGGAAAAAAUCUUUAUUGGGCUCGAGAAAAAAUCUGAUUUAGAUAGAUGGCUUCCGUUCGAGGCCAGAAUCGGUUGUUUCAACUACCUAAAAGAAUGGUGUGGUUAUGGUGAAUCCAAAGAUAUUACUGAAGAAAGAUACAACUUGAUGCUUGAAAAAUGUAACCAGAGCAAAAAUCUCCCUUCUGCGGCAGCUAUUCUUGAGGUGGAAAGGAAGCAGUUACUGGUAGCUGCAUUGAAUUGUAUGGCAACUAUUCUUUCUGGAAAUAUUACUCAACAAAUCGAUAUUCCUGGCAAUGUGGCGUUAAUGUCUUUUGAUGUUCCGUCUCUCAUGAAAUGGAUAUAUUCACUUCUUUCUAACGAAUCUGAAAGUGUCCAUGACAUAGGUAAAAAAGCUUUGAGCAAUAUUCUUCGGAUGAAUCCAGAUAACGACGAGAUCUACCAAGAGGUUUUGAAGCAGUGCUACACCUCUCAAGACAAUGCCAAAACCACUGAGAGUUACUACAUUACUUUUGUGCACUUUUUAAUGGAAAGAAAACAAUUUUCAAAAACUCCCAGUGAUUUACUCUGUUUGGCAACAUUCUUAAUUGGAGAUGAUAACUGUGAAAUCAGGAAAUAUUCGAUGAAAUUGCUUAGGUUCGUGGAAUCAAAAUUCUUUAACUCAACCACGGUGAAUAGAUUUUCGGAGGCUGUGACCAGCAAAAACAAGGUUGUUUAUAAGAAGGCCCUAUUCGAGAUAUCUGUCCAUUUGGCAUCGAUUCUCCCGGAACACAACUUUGAGCAGAUCAGUUAUUUUACCAUGUGUUUUAAUGUUGUUGGAAAUGACACGAGAAGAGAUAUCUUAUCGUGCUUGCUUCCUUGGGUUCAAACCGUUGAAGUUGCUUACAAUGUGAUACCAAAUGAAGUUGAUAAGCUUGACUCUGACACCAGACUCGUGAAGCCUAUAAAUGAUUUAACUCCAGCAUCAAUCAUGGUGUUGAAUAACUUGUUUGAGAUCACCGUUAAGUUCAGUUCGCUCAUUAUGAAUGAGGUUGAAGCUCUUUGGGUGGCUCUUGGUACUAAACCGGGAAACUUUGACAUUAUUGUCGACUACCUCGUUUCUAACUCCCUUGAACGUAAAAGCGUCGGGUUUGUGGGAUAUGCCCGUCGUAUUAUCGACUACUUAAGUUAUUCACAACCAGAUAUCAAUAUUAUGGUUGACAAGCUUAUUGGUAACUUACAACCUAAAAACAUGGUUCCACCACGGCCUCAUUCGAUAAUAGAUUCGGUGCGUCCCAAAAAGGAAUUUCCUUAUAUCGCCAAUUUGUGGGAGUUGAUACCUUAUAAUGAUAAGGAUGCGGCCUUCUCAUUAGGUCAACUUUCACUUAUAUUUUUGGUGGACUUGUUUACUUCUGAUAACGAGCGGAUGGUCAGUCAAUUACCAUUGUUGUUGCAUAUCAGUUUCUCGCUUUUGGAUCAUUACCUUCCACCAGUGCAAGAAGCAGCCGCAUCUCUUCUUCGUCACUUGUUGCAUUGUCUCGCAUUGACAGAUCCAAAGACAGAAAUUGCCCUUAACAAGCUUGGCAACUCUGAUCAUACGAAGUUCUUAUGGGUUUACGAUGAUUUGAACAAUGACAAAAAGGGUGCCCGAACUCCCAAGAAUAUGGACUUGUUAGUGCGUAACUGUCUUGAGAUUGUUACUCCUAUUGUGGCUAAUCUCCAAGAAGAAUGGAGUAGGGUUGCACUUAGCUGGGCGACCACAUGUGCUGUUCGACAUAUUGCGUGCCGGUCUUUCCAGGUUUUUAGGUCCCUUUUGUCAUUCUUAGAUCAGCCAAUGUUGAAAGAUAUGCUCCAUCGUCUUUCUAACACAAUUUCUGAUGAGACUCCUGAUAUUCAAGGAUUUGCAAUGCAGAUUUUAAUGACUUUGAAUGCUAUCAAUGCCGAGCUAGAUUCUGAGAAACUUAUUGACUUCCCUCAACUUUUCUGGUCCGGAGUCGCCUGCUUGAGUACUAUCCACGAGCAGGAGUUUAUUGAGGUUCUUCUGGCCAUGACCAAGUUCGUAUCAAAAAUUGACCUUGACUCUCCAGAAACAGUGUCAUGUUUGAUAUCGACCUUCCCUCCCAAAUGGGAGGGCCGCUUCGAAGGACUUCAACAGGUGGUGAUGGUUGGACUCCGAUCUGCCACUGCCUAUGACCAAACCAUGCGUUUCUUGGACAAGCUUAACACACUUCAAGAUAGUGAAAUCAUAGGUCAAGGAGAUGGCCGUUUGUUGAUGACUAUUGUCGCCAACCUUCCAAGGUUUCUCCAUUCGCUUGACCUGAAAACUGCCAACCCUGAGGUAGAAACUGCUGCUCUAGUGUUGAGUGGGAUGAGUGAACGCAACCAAAAACCGUCUCUUGCCAAGAUCUUUGUGUCUCUUGCCAAAAACCGGUUCAGAAGCAAAAAGGACUUUUUGGUGCAGACAAUUUCGAGUAUAAAGGCGGUCUUCUUCCCCGAGUAUGAACCACAAACGUUGGUACUCCUUCUAGGACUUCUUUCCAAUAAAACUAGUUGGAUAAAGCUUGAAACAUUGAGCAUUUUAAAAUACGUGAUGCCCAUGGUGGAACUACUGAGAGACGAGUUUGUGGGAGUUGGGGCCGACUUAAUUCUGCCGCUUUUAAGACUCCUUUUAACGGACUAUGCUGAGCCUGCUUUGGAAGUAUUGGAUGAGGCUGUUUCGAUUUCAGGGUCUCAGCUUGAUCGAGACGUAUUGAGGAUGAGUUUGGGUAACUCUUCAAUGAAAAAAGAGUAUGAAAAAACAGCCACGCUUUUUGGAAUCCCCGACGACAGUGGAUGGGCUAUUCCUAUGCCUUCUGUGACUGCUGCCAGCACUCGUAACAAUGUUCACGCUGUGUUUUCCACCUGUACCGCCACGUCACUUAUCACUGAAAUUCCACAGGACGAAGAAAUCCAGUUCCACCGUGAAGACUACUAUGCCCCUCCUACUGAUACGGCGUCAGCAGUGGAUGAGCGUACUGAACAAGCAUCUCUUAGUCACAUGUGGGCAGCAUUGGAUGAUUUCGACUCAUUCUUCACCAAAGAACACGAUUCCAUUCCAAUCAUCAGCCCAGGUCCUCGUCGUGGUGAUAUCACCCCGGCAGCCCACCUCAACCACCUUCGUGGUGGACCUGCUACUCACCUCCAACAUCAUACACAUAGUGCCAGCAUUGAUACAGGUGUUAGCACCGCCAGUGACUCACUUGCUCCUCUUGACCUGGCACCUUUUGUGUACGAUAAGAAAGCAUCGGUGAUUUUGAAUCGGAGUCUUGCAAGAACUCGGUCCAAUGCGUCCUUUAAGACAUCACUUGCCGAUUCCAUCACCCCAUACCCACGGCCACCAACAUCUCCACUUGGUCCUAAACGUUCGUACAUUCCAUUCCGUAAUUCUAAACACCAGUUUAGAAGCAGAGAUACGUUUACAACACCAGUAAUGCCUACCCUGCCAACAUUUGAAGCGGUUGGAUCUCCUGGUACCAUCACGUCGGAAGUUACUGGAGAUGAGAUGAUGGGAGACACUCCAACGAUGCUUGACACUAUCUUGGGAUCCAAUAAAAAACGGGUCCGCCGUCAUGGCCGUCAACUGGCCAUUCCGUUACCAGAAAUUGACCUGCCAGAUUCACGCAAACGCCACUAGCCAAUAAAAUAACCACAAACUAACGAAUCUCAUCUAUUCUUAUGUACCAUUUUAAUGCACGAGACUAUUAU